AUGCUGUUAGUGGUAUGCUUCGCAAUCCUGAGUUUUCUUCCAGAGCCCGGAAUUUCCCCGGCAGAGGGUGCUCGAAUGGUGAGAGUCAAGGCCAAAGGAAGGUUUUCUUGGUUCAACGUGACCUUGAGCGAGCUUGUGAGCAACAAUCCCAUCUCCACCGUUAUCUACUUCACUGAUACCAAGUUGGGGGACAAAUUGGAUGGCCUUGAAUCGGUAUACGACGUGCUCUGCCCCCUAACCCAGUUCCCCCGCCUCCUGGACGUUGUCCUGAUCAAUUGCAACAGGCCGGUGAACAGGAAUGACUGCUCAAGCUUUAACUUCAAAAUGCCAGGACUUCGGUUCUUCCCCACAGAGUUCAAGCGCAAUGGUCUUGAAAUUCCGAAAGAAUCUUCUUAUGAAAUGCGGAAUUCGGUUAUGAAUGCUCUGGUGCCGGUGAAACUGAAGAAACCCGGCUCUCCCAAUUUCGAUCCCAUCCUGGCCACGGAUUCUGUAGCAUCGCUCUUCAAGCAGGCAGCUUGCAAAUGCAUACACUACAUUGUUCUGGUGGAUCAAUCCGAGCCGGGAUCCACAGUGGGUCGCGACACUGUAUUUGCCCUUCUCAAUAGGGAAUCCAUAUUGGUGCGCAUUGUGAACAACGCAUCUUUCUUCGAGAACUUUAAUCUUAAGUUCUUGCGGAGGGAGAACAAACUGGCCAUUAUACCGCGUUCGCGCAAGGCCUUGCGAUUGUAUCCGAGAAGAGCCAGCGGAAGGGCAUAUGCACAGACCGUUAAUAAAUUUUUGGAUGAUUUUAAUUAA